CCGAGGGUUUGGUAGCGGCCUGGAUAGGUUUCUCUUUCGCACUGAACGGCGGACAAAGGUUUUGACGACGACCAUGCAGCUCAUUUAUCUACCUCAAUCACUCGAUGCACGCAGCUCUUAUGGCGUGCGUGCAUUUCGAUCCCAUUUCGCCCGUCCUGUUGUCUUUGUGCCCCGCCGCCCCCGUCUUCCACUGUUAUCAGUAAAGGCAGCGAAGGACCCAAGCGGCCCGAAGGUCGCGAUCGCGGGUAUUUCAGGUGCAGUUGGCCAAGAAUUCAUCCGGGUGCUUACCGAACGCAAUUUUCCAUACAGUGAGAUAAAAAUGCUUGCCUCGUCAAGAUCUGCCGGUAAAGAGGUUGAAUUUGAUGGUGAAACUUACGUAAUCGAAGAGCUAACAGAAGACUCCUUUGAUGGCGUUGAUAUUUCUCUUUUUUCUGCGGGUGGAUCUAUUUCCAAAAAAUUCGCACCUAUCGCCGCUGCUAAGGGUUGUUUCGUGGUGGAUAACUCUUCUGCUUUUCGGAUGGCUGAUGGUGUGCCCCUGGUAAUCCCAGAAGUCAACCCUGAGGCAAUGGCAGACUACAAACUUGGGAAAAAGAAAGGCGGUAUUAUAGCAAAUCCGAACUGCUCAACUAUAAUCGCUCUAAUGGCUGUGACUCCAAUCCAUCGCGCCGUAGGGGUGAAACGUAUGAUUGCAUCAACAUAUCAAGCUGCAUCGGGCGCUGGUGCUCUCGCUAUGGCCGAGCUUGAGCAGCAAACCCGUGACGUGCUGAACAAUGAUCCCGUCACGAUGAAUAUAUUUUCAUGGCAAUACGCAUUCAAUUUGUUCUCACACAAUUCUCCGAUGACUGAAAACGGCUAUAACGAAGAGGAAAUGAAAAUGGUGAAAGAAACUGCGAAGAUUUGGGGCACUGAUGCCGUUUCUAUUGCAGCUACAUGUAUUCGCGUCCCUGUAAUGCGGGCGCAUGCUGAAAGCAUUAAUCUUACCCUCUGCUCUGAACUCGAUGAACAAGAUGCAAAGGCUAUCCUAAGCAAAGCUCCAGGUAUCAGCAUAAUCGAUGACCGCGCGAAUAAUCGUUUCCCUACCCCUCUCGACGCAUCGAACAAAGAUGAUGUCUUUGUUGGUCGGAUUCGUCAAGACAUCUCACAGCCAGGUAAGUCCGGGCUAGAGAUCUUUGUCUGUGGUGAUCAGAUAAAGAAAGGCGCCGCGCUCAACGCUGUGCAAAUAGCUGAACUUAUCCUAUGAGCUAUGUAAGCAAACAGUGCAAAAACCCGAAGACGAUCCAUUCGACUUUGCUUUAGGUGACAUUUGUUCUUUGUGCGAAGAGGCUUUCGGUUUUGCGCUUUCACAUACAUAGACAAAAGACUUUGACCUGGCAUCUUUUAUGUUGAACCGGGCGAAAGUUACGCGAAGAUAGCUUAUACGAAGGUAAUAAGAGUACAAGUGCUUUAAACACCUGGUCAAUACUGUUUUCGCUGAUUAUCACUCCCUAAAAGUCUAGAUAAUUUGUCAAAGAAUCUGAGUUGUGCAUGGAGGCAUUAGUAUCGCGAAGGCAGAAAAAUGGCCUCAUUUCAAGCCUGCUUCGCAUUUUACGAUGUCGGCAUGGUCGGAGCACGCCUAACAAAAAAUAAGCUCAUGCAGACCAAUUUUUGCGCACAGAAAAAGAAAGGUUGGCAAUCUGGAAAAUCUGUGAGCAGGGAAAAUGUUGACGUGAAAGAAAUAUUCAGUGAGCGAAAUCAGAUGCACAGGACGAAGCAAUCAUGAUAGAUAUUCAAAUGUAAUGAUAACUUUCCCCACAAGAGAAUACAAAUGAAAGAUUCAGACGCGGCGAGGCUCUAUAAAAUGUUGUGACUCGCGCAGAAACCGACAAAGGAAAUGGAUCCAUAUUGCCGAAGUUUUGUGAACUCACAAACGGUGAAAAUCACAGGUAGUCUGUUGAUGGCGGCCUUUCAUAAAAGAAAUUUGUUCAACACAUUUUGCUUUGUUGCUGUUUCGCUUUGCUGGGGGAAAAUAUCAAGCACUCGUACGUCUCGACAAAUUCAGGCCCCUACAACACAAGCCUCACCAGAAGCUAGCGAAAGCUCAUUGAAAAUCGUGUGGAAGGUUAUCAUCAGGACUGUUACUUUUGUGAGAUGCCAUAUUUAACACAGAGUAAUUAUUGUAAGCGUUCAUCCUUUCUGUUACAGGCACGAUGCUCGAAACGUCAUGCACUUCGAUUCGCGUCUGAUGAGUGCGCGUCAUUCCUGCAUCAACUUUAAUGGGCUCGCCGAUUGCCCCGAUUGCAAGCCCCGCAUACCAGCGAUAGUUGACAGGAUCCUGCUCUUUCCAUGGAUUAAAUAUCGCUCGAUCCAGAAACCCAUCUUCUUCAGCCGAACACAGAUUACGAACGUACACAGUGCAACCUGUGCCGGUAUCAACUCCGGUAUCGUUUUGAGUUUGAAAAUAAACUCUAUCUAUAGCCUUUUUCAGGUGGAGCGGGCCCUGCUUGUUUAGCUGUUUAGAGAACCGUACUCGCGAUUUCGACUCGUGGAGUUUGCUGUCGAUGUAUAGACAAUCAUUGAAACCAACAUAAUUUGC